CUCUCUCUCUCUCUCUCUCUCUCUUCUAUGCACUAUCGUCAUUCAUACCAACCAAGCUCACUCAGCCCCUUGUAUUCUCUCCUUUUUCUCUGAUCUAAUAAAAAACAGAGUAAACAAUAAUUUUUUGAGGAAUUGGUUUAAUUGUUAAGUUGGAAAAUUAGUAUGUCGAAAUCUAAAGAUACGGAGAUAAAAUUGUUUGGGACGACAAUUACAUCUCUUUUAGCUGUGGAUCAUCAUGAUCCGUCGUCGUUAUCUUCUAUUCACGGUGUGUCCAAUCAGAGCAAGGAGGCUUCUUCAUCUUCCUCAUCCUCUUGUUCUCCUUCGACCGGACCAAACAUGGUUCUGGCUAAUAACCAUGAGCACGACAAUAGCAGAUUCAAAGGUCCUUGCAUAUUAUCCGAUCUUAACGAACCGCCAAGAGCAGCUUUUGAGAUUUCAUCACCAAGAAGCUCAAAGACCAACGGUGAUCAACAGAGCGAGAUCACAACAACAACAACAAGUACAUCAGAAGAUAAACCAACUACUCUCAAGAAACCGGACAAGCUUCUACCGUGUCCGAGAUGCGAAAGCGCGCACACCAAGUUCUGUUACUACAACAACUACAACGUGAGCCAGCCGCGUCACUUCUGCAGGAACUGUCAGAGGUACUGGACAGCUGGUGGAUCCAUGAGAAACGUCCCCGUUGGCUCAGGCCGCCGCAAGAACAGAGGGUGGGCUUCUUCAAACCAUUACUUGCAGGUCACGUCUGAUGAUUAUGAGAACAACAAUAACUCGGGAACGAUCCUCAGUUUCGGUUCUUCAGAGUCUUCCGUCAUAGAGACUGGUAAGCAUCAAGAAAACAAAACACACCAAGGGUUUCUUGCUUCGCAAGUAAUGUUACCUAAUAAUACUUCUCCUUGGCCUUACCAAUGGAGUCCAACGGGUCGUAAUACUAGUUUCUACCCUAUCCCUUUCUAUUGGGGCUGCACGGUUCCUAUGUGGCCUACCUCAGAGGCUUCACCAUGUUUAGGGAAACGAUCAAGGGAUGAAACUGAAGUAGAAACCAAAAAUACCACUCUUAGAACUAGUGAAGCUACUAAGAACGUGGUGUGGCCUAAGCUACCGACAAAGCCUGAGAAGAAAAUGGAAGGAGGAUUAAGUUUGUUCAAUGGAUUUGAAACAAAGGGUAGCAACAGAAGAAGCUUGGUCCCUGAAACGUCUAUCAAUCUACAAGCAAACCCUGCAGCGAUGUCUAGAUCUAUGAACUUCAGGGAAAACAUGCAACAAUAAUCAAACGGGUUGUUACCUUGUGAAAGAAGGAAACGCAGUGUAGAUAUUUUGUUGUUCGAACUAUGUAUUAUUUUGUACACAUACAGAAGUAGAUAUUUCUCUCCAUUGUGUGAUGAACUUGCAACGUAUAUUAUAAGCUUCUAGGUUAAUAUC